CGUUAUAGCCAGCGACGUGGAGUGAUCGCGCUUCGUCUCCCGUGUCCGCGUUUCGAUGCUUUUACGUUCCGUUACGGCAUCCCACGUCUCGCCCGUCGCGCCACCAUCAUCAUAUAUUCCGGAUUUCGUACUCGACCAGCGUAGUGUAUUCCGGCAAAAGCGUCUUUCGCGAGUGUGCGGUGAUACGCGAAGCGGCUGACACAUCGCGUUCUCUCGAGCGCGUCGAGUCCCCGCCGUGUCGUAAGUGAGUGAAGGAGAAAGGAAGAGCGCGAGCCGCCGAGAGAGAGAGGAAACGCGGCGAUACGGGAGGAUAACGAAAGAGACAGGGCCACUGACGUGUGCGGGCGUGUAUCGGAGCGUGCGCGCGCCCGCGCGCCAUCGUGAGAAUACAGACGCACACACGCAGCAUCCUGUCGGAUAAAUAACGCGGCAGCGUAACCGGGCGCGCGCCGCCGGCAUCCACAUAGCGACGUUCAUUCAACAAUGCAUUAAUUACGCGCUCGCGACAGUUGAAACGUGCGUGUCGGUUUUAUACGUGUGACGUGCGACGUGCGACGAGCGAUAUAUCCAUUCGUUUACGAAGAAAGUGAAACAACGUGCCGAGUCGGAGGUUAACGGCGAGUCCAAGAUGCUCAAGUUCAUCAGGGGGAAGGGCCAGCAGCCAACGGCCGAGCGGCAGAAGCUACAGAAGGAUCUCUUCGCUUUCAGAAAGACGGUGCAGCAUGGUUUCCCGAACAAACCAACCGCUCUCGCCUGGGAUCCGAGUCUGCGGGUGAUGAUCAUCGGCACGGCAUCCGGCGCCAUCAAAGUUUUUGGAAGACCAGGCGUAGAAUUUUAUGGACAACAUUCCGUCGAAAGUGGUGAGAAUGCCGUCACGAAGAUCAUCCCACUGCCGAAAGAGGGUCGCCUCGUGUCCUUGUGCGAUGAUAAUUCGCUACAUUUAUGGGAGAUCAAUGAAUGUUCUAUAGUGGAAACGAAGUCAUUGUCAUUGGAGGGUAAAUUGAAGAAGAUCUCCGCGAUAUGCCUCGAAUCUAACGGGAAACAUCUUUUAUUGGGAACAGAAGGGGGCAACAUCUAUUUGCUAAACUUUGAGACUUUCGUCAUGCCGGACAAUAUUAUCUAUCAAGAUGUCGUGAUGCAAAACGUUCCGGAAGACUACAAGAAAAAUCCAGGAGCAGUUGAAGCCAUAGCCGAGCAGCCAGGACAUCCGGAUAAUAUCCUAAUCGGUUACAAUCGAGGUUUAAUGGUGCUAUGGAACAAAGCCACUCCAGGAGCACAACAGCUGAUGGGUUUGUUUUCGCGUGCGCAGACAUUCGUCUCCACGCAACAGCUGGAAUCGGUCCACUGGAUCUCCGAGAAUCGCUUUGUCUCGUCGCACAAUGACGGUUCGUACGCGUUUUGGAGCCCGGGUAGCGACGCCGUGCCGGAGCCCACGACACUUUACGGCCCGUUCCCGUGCAAAGCCGUCACUAAGAUCCUCGUAUAUCCUACCGCUGAACACGGCGAUCUCUUCCUAUUCUCCGGUGGUAUGCAACGUGCCAGUUACGGAGACAGACAUACGAUCACUGUCAUGACCAAGGAUAAACACUUAGUUUUCGACUUCACGUCUAAAAUCAUCGACUUUUUUACCGUUUUCCCCGAGGAAGAAGAAGGAGGAAAUAAUGAAAGCCCUGUUAGUCCGGAAGCGCUCAUAGUAUUAGCCGAGGAAGAAGUAGUAGCUAUCGAUUUGACCAAUUCCGAAUGGAAGAUGAUGCCUCUGCCUUAUUUAGUAUCUCUUCAUGCGAGUGCGGUGACUUGUUCUCAACACGUGCCCAAUGUAUCCGAGGAACUUUGGGAGGCAAUCGUAGCUGCAGGUAAAGCACAAACGGAGCAUCUUUACUCGGACAAAGUGUGGCCCAUCAACGGCGGAAAUUUCCUCUGUCCGAUAAAUCUUAAUAAGUCUAAGAACAGAGAACUAUUGCUUACCGGACACGAGGACGGUACUGUGAGGUUUUGGAACGCGUCCGACGUUUCUCUGACUCCACUGUACAAAUACAACUCGUCGAUUUUGUUCACCGGCGAGCAUUUGGACGUUCUCGAGCAACCGCCAGAGGACGACGAAGAUGAGUGGCCACCGUUCAAAAAAGUGGGAAUCUUCGAUCCGUACUCUGACGAUCCGCGACUCGCCGUGAAGAAAGUUCUUCUUUGUCCUUUAUCCUCGACGUUGGUGGUUGCCGGCACGGCCGGUCACGUUAUUGCCGCCACCAUCUCCUCGGAACCGGUGAACAAAGAGAUAAAAGCCGUUACUAUGAACAUCGUCAACGAUCGCGACGGAUUCGUGUGGAAAGGCCACGAUCAUCUGCCGCCAAGAACAACGAGUAUAUCGUUCGCGGUCGGAUUUCAACCACAGAGUCUUCUCCAGUUGUAUCCACCAGCUGCCGUCACGGCAUUGGCGUUGCACAGCGAAUGGGGUCUGCUCGCCACCGGUACGGCGCACGGACUCGCGGUCUUUGAUUAUACUAGAUCAAAGGCCGUUAGUGUCAAAUGCACGCUUAAUCCAAACGAUCUCUCCGGUGCAGGUGACACUCCUAUCUCUCGGCGAAAGUCAUUUAAAAAGUCUCUUAGGGAAUCUUUCAGAAGAUUGAGAAAAGGACGUUCGCAACGUAGAGCGAACGCUAAUAGUCCCACACGAAAUACUGUACCGGAAAAGAAGAAAGAAAGUACCAGUGUUGCUUCUUCGCCGAGCGGGGAUUUAUCACCAGCGGUGGAAUUAAAACCAAUAGAGAGACAAGUGGAAGCGAGACCUGUUGACGACGCUUUAGGCUCUAUGGUCCGAUGCCUGUACUUUGCCAGAAGUUACAUUAUUAGCUUACAAAAUACAACACCUACACUUUGGGCGGGCACCAAUAACGGCACAGUUUACAUCUUCACGUUGGCUAUACCAGCCGGUGCGAGAAGAACGGAAGAGGACGUCAACUGUACACUCGGUAAGGAGAUACAAUUGAAGCAUCGUGCACCCGUAAUUGCGAUCACGAUCCUUGAUGGAUCCAGCGUACCGUUACCGGAAUCCUACGAGGCCGAGAAGAACAUGGUGUCUGCGCCUGAUAUGACUUCCCCACACAGAGUUGUAAUCGCUAGCGAGGAACAGUUCAAGAUCUUCAAUCUUCCAUCCCUAAAGCCGCACUGCAAAUACAAGUUGACCGCUCACGAAGGAUCUAGAGUGCGAAAGACAGGUUUCGCCAAGUUCUCGUGUUCUGUCGAACCAGAGGGGAUUCAUGAAGAAACUUGCUUACUCUGCUUGACGAAUCUUGGCGAUUGUCUGGUGCUGAGUAUACCGGAACUGAAGAGACAAUUAAACGCCGCUGCGAUCAAGAGGGAGGACAUUAACGGUAUUUCUUCUUUAAUAUUUACAAAAGCCGGAGAAGCGUUGUAUCUUCAUUCGAGUUCGGAGCUCCAACGAAUUUCCCUGUCAGCCGGGAAAGUAACAAAAGCGCAUUGCGUGCUCAAUUUACCACCGCAUGCUAGAUCGUUGACAGAAAGGACGGAAAAUAUUAACGAAGUCGCACAGGAACAGGGUGUUGUUGAGGGAGUGCCUGAAACCGAAGGAGAGACGCAAGAGAGUCAACCACCGAUAGCGAACCGAGUUAUCACGGAAAAUGGCAUAGUAGGUGCCAUGCCAUUUAGUGUCGAUGUGAACGCAUGUCUUUUAGCUGGGGAAGAAGAAUCUCCGAAGGAACCGUCGCUGCGACCGGCUAUAAGUAGUAUAGACGUAAAUGGGGAUGACGAUCGUCAGGAUUUAAGUUCUAUCGGAGACAUUACAAUCGACAGUGUUAAAGAUCAUUUACUUAACAGUUCACUUUUCAGAAACGCAACGUCUUCCGAAGAGCUCCACAAUCGUUUGGCAGGGCUUAAGAUGGAGGUCACUUCACGAACUUCUGAGGUAUCUACGCAGAAUCAAUCAUUAGUGGUGAAAACUACCACUGUGGUUACUCAAACUACAAAUAGCACGACUGCUAAUGGCGAAGUCGAAACGAGUCAAGCCAAUGAAACACAACACAUAAACAGCACUACGGUAGAACGAGAGAUACGCAGCGGUAUCGAGACAACAACAACACACGCUACCAUCACUCUACCCCCGAACGUCGAGAUUAGUGCUGCGGACUUGGCCAACUUGGAAGUCACUACGACUACAGUGACCACUACUACAGAAAGGUCCAAGGCACCGUUAGCUAGGCCAGAGGAAGUUGGUUCAUAGGCCUGUUCCAUAUCCAUUUCUCUACACUGACCAUGCAUCGAUUUCGCGCUCCUUUUACAGAGCCAUCAGUAAUUGAUUAUUCUUAUCUAACCAACGUGUACACAGCGGCGAUAUAAAUAGGAUUAAUAUAUCGUAGAUUUUUUUAAAAAGUCUAGAUUUCUACGCAGCAUUUUUAGCGUUUAAUCAUGCACGUUGCGUGAGCGAUGAGUGGUUAAGUUUUAAUGUAAACUUUAUGCAUUUCUCAUUGACAUCCAUCAUUGCAUUCUACUUGAAAGUAUUCCAAAUGAGUAACUUUUGGAAUUGGCGAAGAAUCAAUGAUUUUUAACGAAAAUAGGCCUAGAAACUUUUUAUUUAUCCUAUGAUACAAGAGAUAGCUAGACAUUCUCGCUAUGUUUUCCUUUAGAAAUUUUAAAAUUUUAAUUAAUCGAAAACUCGAAAGUUUUUUUGGUUAAAGGUACCGUAUAUAUCAAAACAUCAAAUUUUACAAUAAACUUAGAAGACUUUUAUCAUAAAAAUUAUUCUAUCGUUUUAUACGGCCGAUUUUAAUGUUUAUUAAUUUAAUGAUAAAUAUGAUGCAUGUGUGAUCUACAAUUAUACCGAUGCAUACGAUCAGUAUAAUCGUAGACUUUUGAAAAAAAGAUUAUAAUUUAUCGAGAUAGGAACGACAACAUCACAAAUCGUGAAUUAUUAUGGCAGCCUUAAAUUUAUUCUUUAUACGUUAUUUUAUAUAUUUCUAAUUAUUAUAUAAACUCACGACUUAAGCUAUCCACAGUAUUUGAAAUGUUUCGGCUGUCUUGUGAAUUUUUCACGAGCAGAAGUAUGUAACUUGUGGUGCGAUAUAAAAAGAUGCUUCAAACAAGGAAAAAAAUAUAGCUACUUAAGUAGAAUUAUAUAUUUGACGAACAAUUAAGGAGAUUAAGCAUGGCGCGAACUUAAGGAGGAAUAUCUGUCGAUGAGAACGCGUUAAAAAUAUAUUUUUUAUCGAUGUUGCUUAAUCGUUAAGUUUCCUCUCUUCGUUAUAUCGAAGAGUAUGUAAUCGAAAUUCUCGAAUACUCGGGAACGCUUAACAUACAUAUUAUGAUACCGAUAUAGUUACUUUAUUGUUGCAUUUAUUCACAGCCUUUUCUUUCUAGACAGAAUAAUCGCAUGGAUUAGUCUUUAGCGAUGGAUAAUUGCUGCAAAAUGCGUUUCUGCCUUGUGUUACUUCAUGAAUUCUUACAAAGAUACUAUACAUAUCGUUUUUACAUCGAUAUAUUCAUAGCUUGCCUUUGCAAUGCAGGAAAGCACCAAUUAUACUGAAUAUCUUAUAAUUUUGAUCUCAAUAGAAUUGUCAUGGGAAUAGUAUAGUUCAUGUUAUAUCUGGAAAUUGUCUUUUCUCUAACCAUAUGUCGAUAAUUUUACAAAAUUGUACAAAAAACGAAUGCUAACGAAUUCGAAGUGUAACAGACUGAUGGAGGUACAUCGUAACCCUCCUUAUCAAUCGCAUAUUUGCAUUAACUUAAUUCUCCUUUUAAAACAACCGAUUAAAAUUUUAAUCGAUGAAAAUUUCAAUUUUAAACAUGUAUUGACGCUAAUACUGAUUAUUACUUAAUGCGAUAAAGAUAAGUUUUAAUUUUUGUAUAGGUUUUAUCUCUCCUUUUUAAUUUCAUAAUUUCUCUUAUUCACGAUUGUUUAUUGAUUUGAUUUUAUUUUAUACUCUAAAGCGCGCAUAAUGUAUUGUCAUAUCUCGCACAUCCAUGCUUCAAAAGAAACAAAAAAGAAAAGAUAUGUUGAAGUGGAUUUCAAUCAAUUAUAAUUUAGAAGUAUAAUUAAUGAUUCUUCAUUUUAUUGAAUGAACGCCGAGUUUGCUGAGAUAUGUACACUUAUAACAUUGUAAAUUGUUUUUUACUUUGAUAAAGUAAUGUAUAGUAUACACAAAAUAUGAAAUUGAUAAAACACUGCCCCCCUGAAACUUUCCUAUCCAGUACUGUUAAAUACUGAUUGUAACAUGUCUUAUAUAUUGAAUGCCUAUUACGAGAAAAAUAUAUAAAUAAUUAUUGCUGUAUUUUCUAUUUCAAA